GCAAAACUGUUUUCGCAAUAUCAGUGGGCAACAAAAUGUCGCAACCAUGUUCUCUGGAGCACCAAACAGUCUUUGCAGCACCCCAGAAUUUGUCUUUGAAGAAAGCAUGACAACGAUCUCAGCAUCACCAUUUUCAGAUUUGAGCAGCCAAGGGUCAGAAGAAGUUGAGGAGGUCAUGGCUAGACGAUCUGAAAAUGGAAACACUAACGAAACACCUGAGAAUUAUAUCAAAAGGCCCAUGAAUGCUUUCCUUUGGUUUAGCAAGCAGUACCGUGGAGAAUUCAAGACACAGUAUCCUGGAAGAGAUAACCGGGAGAUUAGCACCAUCCUUGCUAAACAUUGGAGAGGCAUGACUCCUGAGCAGAAGGAACCAUUCAAAGAGAGAGCUAGGGAAGAAAUGAGAAGAACAAGAGAGUCAUACCCGGAUUUCAAGUACUGCAAAACCAAGAAAGAGACAACGCUGGCCCCAGCCUUGACCAACAGUUGCGAGAAGCAAGAUGGUUGGGGUCAAGGAUACAGGAUUGGUUCUCACAAUCUACGACACAGAAAUGCCAUUAUAUGCACAACUGCAAAUGGCAAAGGAAAAACUCCUGUCACAAAGAAGGAACAUACUUCUUGUGAACAAUUUGGUUUGAAACCAAAAGGUCAUCAGACAAAAGUUGAGUCAGAAACAACUGCACCUGGGACAACAGAUAAAGCAAGCACCACUGCUGAAGAUAAAAUAAAGAUGAUGACAAAAAACAGUACACCAACUCAGAAUGAAGAGGGAGGCACAGUUAGCAACUGUCUUAAAGACCAGAUCAAGAAUUCAUGUCAGGAUGGUGCCUCUGGAGCUGUGUCAAAAUUUGAAUGGCAGUCCACUUCAUGUGACACCUGGGUUCAGUGCGAGAAUUGUAAAAGGUGGCAUAUGUUGCCUGAUGAUAGUAAUCCUUCUAGUUUGCCUGAAAAAUGGUAUUGUUGCCCACAUGUUGACUACCCAGCAUAGGAAGAAACAAAGUAAGAGUACAGAAGUGAUGUUUGGUUGUAG